UCGAACUUCCCAUCCAUUUGUUUCUUCUUCACUUCAGGCGGUCCCUCAGUUCUUCACUGCGCUCACCAACAUCUGCAGAUCUCUCUAAAAGUUCCGCUGCCGAAGGGUAAAGCAAGCAUCGAAGAGAUGUCGUCGUUGGGCACAUCGAAAGGAAUUUUGGAAAUUGCGAAAUUUGCAGUGUAUGUCACUGUUCCGAUUGGACUGAUGUAUUUCUUCGCCAGCAACACCAAAAAUCUCCAGAAAGUGAUGGGAAAUCGACAAUACGUGGUGUAUCCACCUGAAGGGCCACGACCUCAAUCACCUGAGGAACUGAGGGAGAUGGCACGCGAAUUAGCUCGUAGCCGAGGCAGGCAAUAAUGUAUCGCCCCCAUUUCUCUACAGGUAUUUUCUUCAUAAUCCUGUCGAAACUAUAUGACUGAUUUUCAAACUGAUCUGUACAUAAUAUGUCGUUGAAUCGGAGAUAAUUCGCAAAAUAAACUCCCUUUAAAGCCUGUGUCGCCCCCGGAAAGGGCUGAAAGAUAAAUUGCCUUUUCUUAUUCCCUCUUUUCGUUCA